AACGAAAAAACGCCAAAUUUCCCCCCAAAUUUUUUCUUAGUUCUCUCAUCCAAAAGCACAAAUUUUGAAGACCAAAUGGCAACAAUUUCAGCAUUUUCAACUCCUUUGCAUUUAAUCUCCAAAACCCAUUUUAAAUCUCCCAAAAACCUCUUCUUUUAUCCAAAUUCUAUCUAUUUUCAGACCAAAGUUUCCACCUUUUCUUCCAACAACUUGACCUUAUCCUUCAAAAACAGCAAAACUCUUUACGGUACUUGGAAACUCAAGUCUGCAGAAGAAGAAGAAACAGUUGUUGUUGAACAAGAACGAGAAGAAACAACUGUCGCCAAACAAGAGUCUGUUUCCCCCUAAUUUCCCCAAAUCGACAGUCCUUUUAUUUUUCCCAAACCAUUUCUCCCCUACCCCGAUUCCCUUUAUUUUUGAAUUUGCAACAAUAUGGGAAGUCAUCCAAGCUAUCACACAAUGCUUUUGAAUUUGUUUUUUUUAGGGAAAAAGUUCAAUGCUUUUUUAAUCUUUUCAUAACUUUAAAACCCGCCAAAAGAAAAUCUUGCCAUAGCUGUAAGUUUAACCUCGUAUCAAUCCGCUCUGGAACAUGCGUAUCUCCGCCACGAUUAACUCAUUCAAGUCCUCCAAUCUCAUCUCAUGGAAAACGACCGGUAAGCUUCAACAAACCCCAGCGGGAUGCAUCGAACUGUCGGGAAAAACACUUCAGUCGGGGAAGGUUUCGAAGGUAAAGAUAUGGCCGGGAUUCACCGGCCAAGGAAGGUACUUUGAGUUUCACUCAAAUUUGAUUCUUGCAUCCAUCGAUUUUGUUCGAGAAUAGCUGUUGUGUACCUCUCUUUGCAAAGACGGAUACAAGAUUCGGACCGUCGAGCAUUUGCUUUCGGCUUUGGAAGCUAAAGGCAUUGACAAUUGUAGAAUUCAGAUUCAAAGUCUCGAUUCUGAGGAUACUGAGGUCGAGGUUCCUAUUUUUGAUGGGUCUGCAAAUGCUUGGGUAGAGGCAAUAGAACAAGUUGGCAGAAAAGAGGCCUUGGAUCGGUGUGGCAACAAUGUUGAGAAAUUGGCACCAUAUUUGAGUGAACCAUUUUAUGUUUUGAGAAAUGAUUCUUUUAUGGUUGCCUUCCCUGCUUCAAAGGUUCACAUAUCUUGUGGAAUUGACUUUCCAAAGGGGCUUUGGGAUGUAGAAAACGACAAUGAUGGCCAACAAGAAGGCUGCGUUUUGCGGGUUAUAUCCCAGUUUUAGCCAUUCUAUCUAAAAUGUUCUUUGCAGAGGUUGUACAAUACAACAACAUCAAGUUUCAAGUAUGGGAUUUAGAAAUUCAUAUGUUGGCAAUCUUUCUCUUUUCUAUGAAAUAGAGGAGAAGCUUAAGCAGGGUCACAACGUUGUACUUAUAUCAAACCAUCAUACUGAAGCUGACCCAAUCAUCAUCUCAUUGUUGCUUGAGAAAGCAAAUUCGCACAUUGCCGAGAACAUGGUGAUUCUCUCUUGAAUUAAUUUCUCAUUCUGAGCCAGCUGUAGUAGCCUUCAUCUAUGCCCUUGAGGCCUUGACUGUACUUGGGUUCUGUGGUUGCAAUAGCUGCCGGGAUGGUACAUAGCAUGGCUAUUACUGAAGAUGGAGCAUUAUUUUAUUGGGUUUCCUCAGAUCCUCAUCUUAGAUGCCAACAGCUAUAUUCCCUUUGUGAGAAAACAAUCGUAAGCAUUUCUGCUGGUAAGUACUGGGCUGCUACUGCUACUGCUACAUGUGGGAUGGCAAGAAAAGUAUGGAAAAACCACAUUUUGCAACUCGGUUACACCGAGUUAAGGGAAAAAAGAUCCCUUAAAGAGUUGAUUUUGAGAGUUGGUCAUGAGAGAAUGUAACUUGUAAACAAUUUUCUAAUAUAGAAUGUAACUUGUAAACAGAACUUAUGUAAUUCUAAUGUAAUUCUAAUAUAGAAUGUAAACAAUUUUCUUAUGUAAUUCUAAUAUAGAAUGUAACUUGUUUUAA